UAAAAGGGGCUGUGCAUGGAGCAUGGACACAAUCGCACCGACACUGAGACGAGCAGCAGCAGCAAUCGCAGCCCCAUAGACACACGCUUCCCAUUAGCCCUUCUAUAAGGAACCAGUGUCCCCCCAGCAGCAGCAGCAGCUCACUACUCAAUAACGAUGGACCUCUCCUGCCAGGACUCGCUCUACCCCAAAUACCAGGGGGACUCCGAGCUGAAAGAGGAAGGGGUGCAAAGCACAGACCCUGGAGCCCCCCAGCAGCUCCAUGAAAGGAAACAGGAGCAGACAAUUGGACCACUCAGCUCAGGUGACUUCGCUGACAACGGUGAGACGUCCGAUUACUUCUUCCUCAGCAGUCAGCCCUCUCCACCAUUACCGCUCAAUUAUUCGGGCAGCUUCUUCAUCGAGACCAACCCAGAGCAUUCGCAGGACCAAGAAACUCUCUUCAGCAUCAUGUCUGGAAUUCUGGGAAUCUCCCCCUUCUCUGCUCCUCAGCAGCUAAACAGACAGGAGUCCCUUUACUCCGUCCCUGAGGCCAUUCAGAACCAUAUGGACCUUUACUCCAACUCUCAACCCAACCUGAGCAUCUCUGUGCAGCAGCCCUACCAGAACCAACUCUACUCUGCCUUCAGCAGCACCGAGGAUAUUCACCAGGUCCCCAGUUCCCCUAGUCUGGGAAGCUCUUGCUCUUCCCAGUGCUUUUUUGACUCCAAACUGGUCCCAAACAAACACGAACUGGACUUUUCCCCAAUAUCUCCCUCUAUGGAUUCCUUCGGCUCCCAGUGCCCUCGGUGGGAGGCUCAGAAUGGCCAGAGCUUUGCCACCAGCUCAUUCCAGUUGGACUCUUUCCACCAGUCCAAUAACCCUCAGUCAGUCUUUCACCCACUGGAAUCCAAGGUUGAGAAUAUGCUCUCUGCCUGCUGCCAGCCUCAUGCCACGGAAAUAUCAGAAGAUUCUGCACAUUUUAGCAGCAUGGACUUUACCUGCCAGUCGGACAGUUAUCAGACCUCCCAUCUAGAUUUCAGUGAAACCAAUAUGGACUUAAAACCUCAACUCUUGGGGGAUCUCAAAUACCAGUUUGGCCAUCAGGUGGCAACACCUGGACCAACCAACCAAGAGGAGCUCAUCCACCACUCUUCUCCUCCUCUCAUCUCCACCAACUUUUUGGGUCAUUCCCCUACUGAGGGAAACAUGCUGCCCAGUCAUGCCGGGGAACCCUCUGUAGAGCCAAGGAAAAAAUACCGGAGAAACAAGUUCCCAGCCAAAUGCUUUCGCCCAAAACCUCACGAGAAAGCCUUUGCGUGCCCAGUUGAGAGCUGUAUUAGGAGCUUUGCGCGUUCUGAUGAGCUCAACAGGCACUUGAGGAUCCACACUGGCCACAAACCCUUCCAGUGCAGGAUUUGCCUGAGGAAUUUCAGUCGCAGCGACCAUCUCACCACCCACAUCCGCACUCACACCGGGGAAAAACCCUUCUCCUGCGAUUUGUGCGGCAGAAGGUUUGCCAGGAGCGACGAAAAGAAGCGACAUGGAAAGGUCCACAUGAAGCAGAAGGCCAGGACUGAGGAGAAGCUGAAAGGUCUUGGCUUCUACACUGUGGGCUUAUCCUUUGGGACCCUGUGAAGCAACCCAACCGGGGUCACCUCUGGUUACACCUUUUCCUUGGGGGACAUCUCCCCCUGCAAUUGGUCUACACGCUAGCCCCUUGUUCUUUGGAAGGAGCUGGUUUGAUUUGUGGCUCGGCUGUUACCUGCAUGGCUCAAUCUCAUGUCUAUUUGCCAUAGGCAACUCUGUCAGCUUCAUUUAUUGUACAGAGAAAUGUUGAGUUUCAGCACCAACCAGCUGGAGUUGAGGAGUUUCAGCACCACGCCCUGUGGACAGCUCCUGCCUGAGCCGAAGCGUCAAAGUGGGAAACGCGAGACCGUGUUAUUUAUGUACAGUUCCUGCGCUAUUUACAUACACUUGUAGCGCUAUUUACAUACACUUGUAGCGCUAUUUACACGCACUUUCUGUUCCACUUGCAGCGCUAUUUACAAGCUGUUCCACACACACAGUUACACUUAUUAUAGCGUUUCUAUUCUCAGCCUGCUGGGGAGGUGAAUGAAAGAAUAAGAAGAGGACCUUGAACGUCAGAUAUUUGUACAUAUAAAUAGUCUCAUCGCUAAGUGAAGCUUUUGUGCUACACACGGACUCCAUGUUGUCAGGCACUUUUAGUGAGCUAGUCUCCAGUGUAUUAUUCUCUGCUGCUAUUUGUACAGAAAUCACAAGAAGAACAACUGAAUGAAACAUUUAUUUUUUCCCCAUUGCUGGGAGUCUUGACUGACUUAUUGGUACCACACACAGUGAGUGCUUUUCAUAUAUAAAUAUAUAUAUAUUAGCCCAAGCAAGGGCUGUGGCGACUUGACUGUCUUCUCCUUUUUACAGACUGGAUUCUGGAAUUUUUGUACUGUAUGUCAGCUUUCGUUGUUGAUUUGUAUUUAUGAUUUUAUUUUGUACAAAGAAGCUGGUUCAAAUAGAUGACAUAGUGUUUUAUUUUUACAGAUAAAUAAAGUUGCUUCUGCUCUGCAAA